AUGUCUUCCUCAUCAGACGCAUAUGGUAUCGCUUAUACCCCUAAAACUAUCUCUGGUACUUCCUUUCAGCUUAGCGUCGAGGACCUCUCCGCGUGCAGUGUUCGCUUUGUUCGCAUUCAAUGGAAUGACUACACGAACAUCACACGAUGCAGAAUCAUACCCCUUGCUGCUUUUCGUUCUCUGCUUGCCUGUCCUCGGCCAGGUGUCGGUGUAGUCACUACUGUCUUUGGACUUGUGGAAGCGAGCAUGGCGGAGGGUUUUACGGCUGUCGGAGAAUACCUCAUCGUCCCCGACAUGUCCACACUGAGCAUCUGCCACUACGCUCCCGGUCAUGCGAGCGUAAUGGGCUUGUUUCAGUACAAACGGCGCCCGGAACCUUCUGCUUCGCUUGAUCUUCCUAUCUGCCCGCGCGGGAUGCUCAGGCGCAUAGAGAUGGAAGCACAGGCUGCUGGCGUCGAGUUUCUCGUUGGAAUCGAGACAGAGUUCAUUCUCCUGGACUCAGAGGAUAAGCCUGUCAGUGUCGCUCCUUGGGCUUCGACCGCAAAACUGGCCACGGGUUCGGUUGCCUCGGCUGUUCUUGAAGAAGUUGUCACUGCGUUGGAAGAUAGUGGGAUAGAAGUGCUGAUGUACCACGCUGAAGCCGCCCCAGGCCAGUUUGAGAUCGUCGCAGGCCCGCUCACCCCACUCAAGGCUGCUGACGCAGUCGUUCUCACCCGCGAGGCUAUCUAUAACAUCGCCGCCUCACAUCGUCUUCGUGCCACAUUCGCACCUCGCAUAUUUACAGACAGUUGUGGCAGUGCUGCACACGCUCACAUAUCACUCCACGAAACCGGAAAUCCAACCUCUCCCCCUCGCCCUAGUCCAAACACCAAUAAAUCAACGACCAUGACACCUCUUGAACGCUCAUUCCUGCAGUCUCUCGUAGACCAUUUACCCUCCGUGGCGGCGUUCACUCUGCCUACCUCUGCUUCGUACGCUCGAGUCGUGGAUGGGGCCUGGUCUGGAGGAACAUACUCUUGCUGGGGCGAAGAGAAUCGAGAGUCUCUGGUUCGUCUGACAGGUUCACCCGGCCAACAUCAUUUCGAAGUCCGCUGCAUCGACGGAACCGCCAAUCCUCACAUCGCGCUCACCGCCAUCCUGGGUGUAGGAAUGGAGGGCAUCUAUGAGGGGCGUGAGCUUACGGUCCAGGAACCCGCGAAUGGUGAAGUGGCUAGCGCUUUGGCGGAGGAGGUGAGGCAGAAGUUAGGGAUCACGAAGAGGAUGCCGAGGACGUUGCAGCAGGCUAGAGAGAUGUCGUCGAAGGAGAAGAUGGUGGAGAAGGUUAUGGGAGAUGACUUUUUGCGGAAGUAUAUGUCGGUGAACAAGUUAAUGGAUGAGAAUCUGAACAAGGGAGAAUCGGAAGAGGCAAUGAAGAGGCUGAUUGACACCUACUAAUUCUGCAGAUUGUUCGUCUCACAUUCAUUGACAGAAAUCGAUAGUCGCAUUGUGAAUGUAAUAGUGGUCUGGAUCGCGGUUGGUCUCCCGUUCUAUAUCACGAUUAUAGGUACAUCUACCUGUUGACUUACAGGCAGGGUAUCUAUCCG